AUGUACUCAAUCGCGCUGGCCUUUGGUCAAGUAGUGCUUAUCCUGCACUAUGUGUGGUCGGUAAGGCUACUCGAGUCUGCGCGCGAUUUAUCAGCAAGUUGGGCCCAACCACACCAAGGUGAUGUCCGCAAGGCCAUUCAACGCGAACUCCACCCUGAGGUCUUUGCAUGA